AUGGGCCUGGAGCUGUUUGAGUACCGCAUCAUCACCAAGGACGGCUUUGUGAUCACGCUCCAGCGAAUAGUCGAUCCCACCGUGCCGACCAGCGGACCGCCCGUGCUGCUGCUCCAUGGGCUGCUCCAGUCGUCUGGCUCGUUUGUCACGAGCGGCUACAAAAGUUUGAGCUACCUGCUGCUCAGAAACGGCUACGACGUGUGGCUCGGCAACAAUCGGUGCGGAUUCCAUCCCCAGCACACGUCUCUCGGCCCGAACGACCCCAAGAUGUGGGACUGGGACCUCACAGAAAUGACGCGCUACGACGUGCCUCAUGCUGCUGUCGAGCGAGUUCGAGAUAGGCUACGAGGACAAGAUCUCGGCGUGCGUGCUUCUGGCGCCGGCGAUUUUUGGCGGUUCGCUGUUGAACUCCAAGGGCUUUAUUCGUUUCAUCAAGCUGCUGCCCAACUGGCUCUACGACUCGUUUUUCGGAAUCAACUCGUUCAUGCCGGUCAUGAUGGCUCUGCGCAGAAUCAUAGUCACCACGCCGGUGUUUGGGUUUCUGAGUUACGCGAUGUUCAGCUUCCUGUUCGACUGGACCGACUAUCUCUGGGACAGGAGCCUGAGACAGUACCAUUUCAUUUUCUCGCCGGUGUACGUUUCGGCGAAACUGAUGAAGUGGUGGCUCAGCAAGCACCACGGACAGGGUUUCCAAAUGGGCAAGUCAUUGCUGAAAAGCGAGCGGGAGUGGUUCUCGAGGAAGACGCCCCCGCUGUUCCUGGCGAUCGGGGAGCAAGACAGACUGGUGGACGGCAACCUUUUCGUGCGACAUCUGGAACUCAAGGAGCCCGAAAUGCGCGGCCGUUUCAGCUACAUUAA